CCAUGAAAUCUCUUCUUUUGCAUCAUCAUCUGUUUCAAUGUCAGGACAAAAGCAGGAUUAGACUAAGGAAGAACAGACUCAAAUCAGACGCUGCUCUAUCUUCUGCAAAUUCACCUCCUCACAGGUCCGUCCGUAUUCGUGGCCGUGAGAAUUUGCUGAAUCGGCAGAUAACGGGACUUGUUAAUUGUUUAAAGCGCUGCUUCACGAAAGUUGGGUAAUGGAUGAACAAUUUAUACUGAGAGUUCCACCUUCUAUUGCUGAGAGGAUAGAUCGCAUUUUGAGUGAGAAUGCUUCAUCUUCUGAAGAUAAGUCACUGGAUCUUUCAUUCUCGGAUGAUGGAAAAAGUGGCACAUUUGUAUUAGGCAAUGAAAGUUUUCCAGCAUCCCUCUUGGAUCUUCCUUGCGUUUUGGAGUCCUACAAAACCUAUGAUGAUAGCGUGCUUAUCAAAACAGCUGAUAUUGGUCAGAUGAUUAUGGUGCGAGAAGAGAGUGAACCUGCUCCGGAAGAUGUGGAAUUCAGGCAUGGCCUCACCCCUCCAACUAGGGACGCUCGAAGGAGAAGGUUUCGUAGGGAGCCAGAUCUUAAUCCUGAGCUGGUGCAGAGAGUUGAGAAGGAUCUUCUGAAUAUUUUGGCUGGUGGAACUGCCGAAAAUGCUGAUACUGAAGCUGCUGGACAGGAAGAAGAUGGCGAUGAAAAUGUUCGCAUUGCAAGUAAGAAGACCGUGUCCAUUCCUAAAGCAAAGCCCGGCCUUCCUGAUAAUGCAACGAGUGCGGCUGAUCCAGACAGAAGCGAUUCCGACGACUCCGAUGACUCGAUAUAAACCACCAUAGUGAACUCCGAUGUCAAUAACAUCAAACAUAAAAAAAAACAGAAUCUAUUUGGCCGGACCGAUUCUAAACCUAGUAAAAGAGGGAUGAAUGCCAAUUGGGUACUGACCCGCCACUCAAUUGGGUACCCAUCUUCAUUCUUUUGAUCUAGGGAUGCAUGAUUAAUAAUAAGAAUGUUAAAUUAAUAUAAUCAAACUAGUAAUUAAUGCUGGUGUAAAAAACCUUGUUUUGAGUGCCAUAUUUAAAGCAUUUCUAUGA